AUGCCGGCAAUCUCCCGGUCCAUCCGCCUCCCCUCCCCGUCCAAACAGCUGCUCAUCCAGCUCUCUCUCUCGCGCCACCUCUCCUCCACCGCAUCGCUCCGCUCGCCCCGAGACACCCAGACAUGGCGCUCUGAUUUCUCCCAGGGCUAUACUGGCUCCUAUGAGCCUGGAGCUCCUACUGUUGGCCCUCUGGCCCAGACUUCCGAGCUUGGAGUGCCGCGACUCACACCCUCGAUGCUGAAGGAACAUCUGGAUAAGUUCGUCGUGGGACAGGACAAGGCCAAGAAGGUCACCAGUGUGGCGAUAUAUAACCAUUAUCAACGGACUAGGGAGCUCCGACGACAAGAGGCAGAAGAGGCAGAAAGACGAGCACAGAGAGAGAGACGUUUAUUAGCUGAGAGAGAACGGGACAGCCACCCCGUUGAAAAUGAAUUCCCCGGGCACGUCGAGACCGUCGACCUCAACUACCGCCCCCCAGAUCCCCUCCCCGACGAGGAACCCGAGCUAGGAUCCGUCCCCCUCUCCACGCACCUCUCGGACGAGACUAUCAUCGAGAAGUCGAACCUGCUCCUCCUCGGCCCCUCAGGAGUCGGAAAGACGUACAUCCUAUCGACGCUCGCCCGCGUCCUCGAGGUGCCCUUCGCCACGGUCGACUGCUCGGCGCUGACGCAAGCCGGCUACAUCGGGACCGACAUCGAGUCCUCGAUCGAGCGGCUGCUGCUCGCGAGCGGCAACUCGGUGUCCAAGUGCGAGACGGGCAUCAUCUUCUUCGACGAGGUCGACAAGCUCGCCAAGCCGGCCGUCAUGACGCACGGGCGCGACGUGAGCGGCGAGGGCGUGCAGCAGGGCCUCUUGAAGAUGAUCGAAGGCACGACCGUCACCGUGACGUCGAAAUCCGACCGCAGCUCCCGCAACGAGCCGACGUCCUCCUCGUCCUCCCGCGGCCUGGACCGCAUGGAGCGUGGGGGUCGUGGCAGCGGCGGCCAGCAGCCCGGAAAAGCAGAGCAAUACACCAUCGACACAUCCAACAUCCUCUUCGUCUUCGCCGGGGCCUUUGUUGGGCUCGAGAAGAUCAUCAACUCGCGCCUCUCCUCGGGCUCCUCGAUCGGAUUCGGCGCCUCCCUCAAGAACCCGCCGCAGAAAUCCGCCGGCCCCGCCCCUAACCCCCUCGACUCCAUCAUCCCCAGCGAUCUCCAAAACUACGGCCUGAUCCCCGAGCUCCUGGGCCGCAUCCCCAUCAUCACGGCGCUCCACCCGCUCACGCUCCCGCACCUCGUCUCCAUCCUCACGGAGCCGCGCAACUCCCUCGUCAAGCAAUACACGGCGCUGUUCAAGACGUACGGCAUCCAGCUGCGCUUCUCGACGCCCGCCCUGCACGCCAUCGCGGCGCGCGCCCUCGCCCCGUCGACGUCCCACCCCGAUACGCAGAGCACGGGCAUUGGCGCCCGCGGCCUGCGAGCUAUCAUGGAGAGCGUCCUGGCCGAGAUCAUGUUCUGGGGUCCUGGCUCGGCUAUCAAGUUUUGUCUUGUGGACGAGGCGUUUGUUAAUGCUACUCUCUCAUCAUCCCCCCAUUCUUCCUCCUCCUCCUCUUCACCCCAAUCCUCAUCAACCCAAGACAGCGAUAUUCAAGACAAAGACUCCAAACCCCUAAUGCCACCCUGCUGGAGCAGAGGUCAGAACCGACUAUUUGAAGAAGCAUGGGAAGCCGAAGAAGAGCGCUGGAGAAGGAGACAUGAUAAUGAGAAGCAGGGGCAGGUAGAUGAAAUACAGAGUUUUGAGAGGUUGAGGGAGGCGGGUAGAUCGGGUAUGUAG